AUGCGCAGUCUCCGGCUUGCGCGUUUUGGGAUUCUGCGGCGACUCCCUGCGGCGGACCGCCUGUCUUUUUCAUCUACAACACCACGCUUGAUUACACAUCCUUGCAAGAAAAAUAUAGCGCUAUAUCUAGGAGUACCAGAAGUGACAUCAGCACAUUUCACCAGUUCACUAUUGCUGUUAGUAGUGGCUCAAAAAGUCUAUAUUUAUGAUUAUGAAAAUGACUCCUGGAAUGUGACUUUCGGUAUAAAACACCCUGUUACACAUGUCUCCGGUGAUAACUGCUGUUAUACUGAAACUCUGUUCUGUAUGGAGAUCGGUAAUUUGGUUUUUGCAUAUUUUCGAGGAGAUCAGAUAUCUCAGACCUAUAUAUAUUAUUCGAAUAAUGGGGGAUUCAUUUUUUGGAAGUAUCACUAUGACAGACAGGCAGAAAUCACCGGGUCUUUAGGUGGAAUCUUCCAGUUUUUUUCUUUGUCACAGGUUGGGAUCCUUGUAGUUGAUCAAGGGAAGGGCAUGUUCAAGUACUCAGACCACCCCCUCAACCGGAGUUUAGGGCUGUCAUUUGACUAUAACGGGACUCUCGACAUCCUCAUCGUCCCUGGCCAGAGAGGCAUUCUGCUUCUGUGGUUCGAGCACAGCCUGUUGUUUUCCCAUAAUGCAGGUCAGCUCGUUGACACCGUCCGGGUGAAAAAAGGAGACCAGACCUUGUUUUCUUCCAUGUUCGAAGCCAGUGUCACCAUCCACAACAUUGCUGUCAAUGAAAACGAACUGGCAGUUAUAACUCGGGAGGACAAUUUGUAUUAUGGGAAUCUGGGUGUCGUGCCAAGUUCCGUAAUCAAAGUGAUGGUGAGCAACCCCUACUCCCUGGGGUUCCAGGCCACCUUCUAUGAGAGCGGUCACACGUUAGACGGGAACACCAAGUACAAUCUGGAUAUUUGCCUAAAACAGCAGCAGCACUGGGGCAGGACCAACCCCAACUUCACUUCCAGCUUAAAGAGAGCCACCAUAUCUACUGUAACUGUGGACAUAGCAAACAAGGAAAUUUCAUGUGUGGAUGUCAAGCCCCUGUCAACCCUGAUUUCAAUCGGCUGUGACCUGGAUAAAAGGAUCGUCAUCCAGAACAAAAUUUCCGCCUGUUCCAAGGGCAUCCUGGACGCUUUGACCCUACAAGACAAUUACAGCUUCAUCAUCGAGAAGGAAUUCUACGACCCCAGCUUCCAGGGGCAGCCGUCCUCCCAGGACCUGCAUGUGCCCUACUCCUACAGUCAACUGGGCUGUCCGCUCCUCGUCUACUACGACACCCCAUGGAAGCCCGUGGUGGAGCUGUGGCGAAAAGACACUUUCCAGGAGAUUGUCGACGCUGAGUAUGUGUUACUGGAGGUGAAUGGGCAGUUCUCCUACAGGUAUUCCCUGACGGCCCAGUCGGCGCUGUGCACCUCCCAGCCACAGAACUGGACCACCAUGAUAAAGGAAUUCGGGAUGCCCUUUCUCUGGAACAGAGAGAACUACGUGAGCUGCCACGACUCCAACAGGAAUGCUACUUUGAGAUGGCCAGAUGUCCAGUAUCAGAUCUUGGGUGGCCGCACAACAAACCAGAUAAUUUUCAGCCACAACAAUGAGGGUGAAAGUCCAGCCCCUGAAAAAACUUGUGGAGAUCCUGCCUUCCCUACGUACAGGCCUCAGACUAGGAGGAUCAGCUCUGAGUGGCUGCAGGUGGAAGGCCCUGGGUAG